CGGGGCGGACCCGGAAGCCGCGGCAGGUGCGGGGCCCGGCCGGCAUGGAGGCGGCGGCCCCGGCCCGGUACCAGGCCCGGUACCAGCGGCUGCGGGACAGCGACAGCGACGGGGAGGAGGCGGUGGAGCUGCGGACCGGACCGGGCCGAUCCCCGCUGCAGGCGCUGCUUCACCAGCACCACCGGGAGACCUGCGCCCGCAUCUCCUCGGCCCUGGUGCUGCUGGCGCUGGCGCUGGCCUUGGCCUUUUACCAGCUGACCUCCGGGGGCUCCUCGCGGCUGGGCGGCGCCCAGGCUCACAGGCAGGAUGGUGGCGCUGGGCAGAUGGGGGCGCAGGAGCAGCCUGGGGACGUCCCACCUGCGGCUCACAUGCAUGCACGGGGCGUUUACCAUCAUGCCACCCUCAUCACCAGCUCCAAGACCUGCUCCCGCCUGGGGAAGGACCUGCUGGUGGCCGGAGGGAACGUGGUGGAUGCUGGGAUUGCCGCUGCGCUCUGCCUGGGGCUGGUCCACCCGCAUGCCGCGGGGCUGGGUGGUGUGUUCUCAGCCCUGCUGCACAACGCCUCGUCGGGCCGCACCGUGGCGCUGAAUGCCGUCCCGCACCGUGGCUUCUCCCGGCGCUACGGGCUCCCCGUGGCCCUGCCAGGCCUGCACCUGCUGCACCGGCACUUCGGCCGCCUGGCCUGGCCGCGCCUGCUGGAGGGGCCGGCGGUGCUGGCGCAGCGAGGCGUCCGCGUGGACCGGGAGCUGGCUGCAGCCCUGCAGGAGAGCGCGGGCGCGGUGAAGGCCUCAGGCCUCUGCAGCCUCUUCUGUGACGGAGCCGGGGAGCUGAAGGGCCAGGGCGCGCUGGUCACCCAGCCCCGGCUGGCGGCCCUGCUCCGGGCGGUGGCAUCGGGGGACGAGGCCCUGCCCCGGGCCCUGGCCCCAGACCUGCCCCCUGCCGAGCGGGAGCCCUUCCUGCAGGCCAUGGGGGACUUGGGGCUGGAGCUGCAGAGCCCCCUGGCUAUGCAGCUGGGUGACACCUGGCUGCAUGGAGCCCCGGCCCCCGCCGCCGGCAGCCUGCUGGCCAGCGUCCUCGAGGAGGUGCGGGCAGCCGAGCCCAGGGCCGCGCCUGAGCCCUGCCUGAGGGCCCUGAGCGCGGCCUGGCGUGGCUACUCCCGGGCGCUUGGGGGGGCCGUGGCUGGGGCCCCCUCGCCCGUGGGCAGCCACCUGGCAGUGGCAGACAGCCAGGGGAACGUGCUGCUGCUCUCGGCCUCUCUCAACAGCUCCUUUGGCUCCAGGUUCCUGGCGCCCGCCUCGGGCAUCGUGCUGAGUGACCUGACAGCGCCCGCGGGCCCUGGCCUGCUCUCCUGGGCCUGCCCCGUGGUGCUGAGCCGGGGGGAGGAGGGGACAGUGGUGGGGCUGGGGGCCACAGGGGGCAGUGCGGCCCCCCUGGCCCUGGCCCAGGCCAUUAUAAACCAGGUGUACCUGGGGCAGCCCCUGCAGGAGGCGCUGGAGAGCCCAUGGCUGCAGCUCAGGGGCGGGAGGGAUGGGGCCUCCCAGGGCUGUGGGCCGGGCACCCUGUCAAAUCUGUCCAGUGGCGAGUGGGCGGGGGGGGCCCCGCAGGCGGGCCCCUGGGUGCUGCAGGUGGCAUCACAGGGUGAGCACGCACGUGCCUUCGCCGCCCCGGCCGCGUGCUGCCAUCACGAGGGGUAUUAGCCCCAGAGGCCCUGCCCAGAGCUCGGGGCUCACGGCGCUGGUGUGCCCGGUGCACCGUGGGCCCCAAGCUGGCUCUGCCAACAUAGUGCCGGGGGCACAGGGUGAGUGGCUGGUUCUGGCAGCCCCGGUUGGACUCCGCCCGCCCAGGGGCCGGUGCCGCACUCCUGGCAGGCCCUUUCCCCGCCCCUUGCCGGCGUGGCAGGGCUAUGCAGGGCCCCCUGUGACGGGGGGUCGGGCUGCUGCCCUGCCCAUCAGGCCAGGUUUGGGGCUGGUUCCUCCCUGCUCUCCACUCUGCCUGGCACCUCUCUGGGGCAGGCACCACUGCCCCCCACCCCCUCAGAUCCCUGCCAGACACCCCAGGGUCCUGGCGUGACGGGAGCUGCAGCUCUGGUGGUGGGCACGACCCUGGCACUGGCUGUACCCGCAGCCCCAUGUGCACACGGGGGUUCGGCUGAGGGGAGCCUGGCUGGGGGUCCCAGGAGGCUGACGGUGCACCGGCCCCGCCAGGACGGUGCCCAAGGCCUGGGUGGGGCAGCAGGGCUCGGGCUGGCGAGAGGGGCUGCGGAUGGGGAGAAGUGGCGGGCGCUCCCCCCGGCCCUGGCGAGAUGGGUUGGCUGGGCACAGGCUCGGGGCGGGGGGCUUGUGGGCUCUCUCCGGUGUGUCUGUGAAGAGAAAUAAACCCAGUGGGAGCCGAGCUGCCUGGUGUGUCGCUCGGGGCGCGUCGGCCCCCAGCUCAGGGGCCUGGUGAUCCAGCCAGGGAGAGGGGGGUGGGAGCCCCUGGGGUGAAUCCCCCACCCCACCAGCAGCUCUCAGCCCGGGAGAGCCUGGGGCGUCUCGGGGUCCUUGGCCAGGGGGUUAAUGUGAGGACACAAGGGAAGGGACCCCCGGUUGCCUGGGCACCC